AUGACCCAAGAUAGAGUACUGCAGCGCAUUGAUGUGAAGCAUCCAUUAUAUCUUGGCUUGCAGUAUCCAUUGUUAUUUCCUUACGGUGAAGACGGUUAUCGCGACGAUGUCCAGCGUACUUUCGUGUCCAGUGGUAGGACUAAUGCAAGAGCUGUUAUUAGCAUGAAGGAAUUCUUUUCUUUUCGACUUCAGAUGCGAUCAGGAGAGUCAGAAAUUCUCCUUCGAUCAAAGAAACUUUUCCAACAAUUCCUGGUACCCCCUGUUCAGAGAUUGCCAUUUCAUCUGCCCAAUGAAAAGAACAUUAUUUUCAGUGAUAAUGCUUCGAUUUCUGAUGUCAAGACAAGGGCGGAGUCUAGACUAUCAAUCUUUGAGUCUUGGACGGAUGCAAAUAAAAAAUAUCCAGAAGGUAGGCAUCUAACUUAUUCAGAGUACCCGACUGAAUUUGUUUACAAAGACCAAACUCAUGAAUGGAAUCCUAGAAAAAUGGGAUUUUCAAUUCCGAGAAUAAAUCAUUUUUCUGCCAAUAAUGGAGAAGAUUCCUAUCUUCGCACGUUGCUUACUUUUCAAAGAGGGUAUACCAGUUAUGAAGAUCUUAGAACAAUCAAUGGCGUGCUUUUUCCUACAUUUAAGGAUGCCUUCUAUUAUUUAGGACUUCUAGAUGAUGACAAUGAGUAUAUUGAUGCAAUUAAAGAGGCAAAUUCAUGGGGUUCUGCUGCUUAUCUUAGAUCUCUGUUUGCUCUAUUGUUAUUUGCCAACUCAAUGAACAGGCCUGAAAAGUUUGGGAAGAAUGCGCUUCUUACCGAAGAAAGUAUAAAAAACAUAACACUUGCAGAAAUUGAUAAGGUGCUGCAGAGCAAUGGUAAAUGCCUUUCUGAUUACCCGUCAAUGCCUCACAUCACCAGGGAAUCGUUGUUUGAUAUGCAGAAUAGAUUAGUGGUUGAUGAAUUAAUGUAUGACACAUUUUCAUUGGGAGAAGAGCAUGAAAGACUAUUGAAUUCCCUCACUGAUGAGCAGAGAGUUGUAUAUGACAAAAUCAUUUCGGCAGUUACAUCAGGUAAAGGAGGGUUAUUCUUUCUAUAUGGAUUUGGUGGUACAGGAAAAACAUUUAUUUGGAAUACUCUUUCAGCAUUUGUUAGAUCAAAAGCUGAAAUAGUACUUAAUGUUGCUUCUAGCGGAAUUGCUUCCCUUCUGCUUCCUGGAGGACGAACAACACAUUCUAGAUUUCGUAUUCCUAUUCAGAUCAAUGAGGAUUCAACGUGUAAUAUCAAGCCAAAUUCUACCAUAGCAGAGUUGCUGUCAAAAACGAAGUUAAUCAUUUGGGAUGAAGCACCAAUGGUGCAUAGAUUUUGUUUUGAGGCUCUGGAUAGAACACUUAGAGAUGUUCUUAGAUUUUCUGACACGAACUGCGUUGAUAUGCCAUUUGGUGGAAAAAUUGUAGUUCUAGGAGAUGACUUUCGGCAAAUAUUACCUGUCAUUCCUCAUGGCAGCAGACAGGAGAUAGUAAAUGCAACCAUCAAUUCUUCUCAUCUAUGGUCCUAUUGUCAUUUAUUAACUUUGACCAAGAACAUGCGUCUUAAUUCUGGAAGUACCACUGAUGAUGUGAAGGAAAUAAGAGAAUUUUCUGAGUGGCUACUUAAAGUUGGGGAUGGUGAUCUUGGAGAUGAUGAAGAUAGAGAAUCUAUGAUAACAAUUCCAGAUGAAUUGUUGAUUACAGAAUCAGAUGAUCCCGUUUCAGAUAUGGUUAAUUUUGUUUAUCCGAAUCUCUUGGAUAAUAUUUUAGAUCCAACGUUUUUCAAAGAACGUGCUAUCUUAACUCCUAAAUUGUCCAAUGUUGCUAUGAUGAACGAGCACUUGAUGUCGAUGAUUCCUGGUGAAGAAAGGAUAUUUUUGAGUUAUGAUAAAAUUCUGAAGCAAGAUGUGCUUCCUCUGUUGAAGAUGAUGAAUUCACACCUGAGAUCUUAA